UCACUGUCGUUCCUUCAGUAGAGGGCGCUCGUGAAACUGAAGCAAUGACACACAUCCAAUCCAAGUCUAGGAGAAGAAGAGAAGUGAGCGAGGGAAGGGAACAUAAACAUGAGAAGUGGAACACAGCCGUUCAUUCUGCUCUAAAUCUGCUGUUUUAGACUGAGAAGCAGCACACAGGAGGAAUUACUCCAGGAGAAACUACUGACAUACAAUUGUAAAGAUGGAGUUUAAGGAAGAACCCUGCAGAAUAAAAGAUGAAGAUACAGAGGAACAAAUCAACAUUAUGGAAGUGAAUGAAGACAAACAUCUGUUGCAAAAACCUCAUCUUUUCAAAAAUGAAAAUAGAAAUGCAGUUGUUUCAAAGACUGAAGAGAAUUUCACACAAAAAGAGGAAGAUACAGAGGAACAAAUAGGAGAAGAAGGAGCAAGCAGGAGGAAUUACUGCAGGAGAAUCAAUUGACAAACUAUUGUAAAGAUGGAGAUUAAAGAAGAACCCUGCGGAAUAAAAGAUGAAGAAACAGAGGAACAAAUAGGACUACAGGAGAGUUUCACUGUUGAACACCCAUGUCGGUUCUGCUUUGCAAGCAGAUCUGAAAUCCAGGAGAAGGAGGUCCGGUCAGGAGCAUUUGAACUGCGAACCAAGCAGGAGCAUGACAGAGAGACCAAAUAUGGAGACAAGGACCAUACUCCGAGUUAUAGUUUGUGACAACGACAUCAGAAAAAUCGUACUUCCUUUGAAACCACAGACAGUUGACUCACUGUUGGAACAACUUGAAGAAAAGCUGGGACUUCAGUACAAGUUCACACUUCAGUUUGAGGAUCCAGACUUCAACAAUUCCCUUGUGAAUCUUACCGACAUUGCUGAUUUGCCAGAUAAACCCACACUGAAGAUUGUCUCACUUGUGACGACACCAACCCCUAGCACAGCUGACACUGAAAUCCUGUCUGUGGCUUCUGAUGAUCCAUGUCAUAGUCUACGUACUGCAUGGCCAGAAACUUUCGAGAUCCAUAAUUUUCCUGUUGAUGUUGAAUACAGAUUACGUCAGGGAAAUCUACAGUACAUGCGAGAUCAAACAUAUCUACAAUUGUCAGGAGAGCUUAAGCAUGAGAUUCUUGAAAAACUCUCUGAGACAAUAUACAGUUACAAAGCUUACCCAAAUAAGGAAGAUUUCGAGGCUGUUGCUGCUGCUUUGAUAAAAAAACAUCCCUGCCUUACCCAGCCUGGCUCAUCUAAGGGGUGGAAUGGGUGGUAUGAUAGCCUUAGAUGGAAAAUGGGUAAUUACCACUCAAAACUGCGUCGAGCUGGAUGUUUGGAGGUAUCCAUAAAUGGUGGAAAAAGAAGAGGACAGCAGCCUCAGAGAAACGUCAAAAGACCCAAGAGGUUUGAAAUAAAUUUCCUACCGAAUUUCCCUGAUGGUGAAGAUGAAGCCAGCAUGGAAUCCAAAAGGAAAGAGAUGGUGGAAGAGAUGAAGAAACGUCGUCUUAAUUCUGCACUGAUAGCCCAGAACAUGAAUUCUACUUUUGCCUUGCGUAGAAAGGAAUUGAUAGAGAAGGAGCCUGCAGUGAAGAACACGGUGGAAAGGUGGCCAGCCCUCUUCACAAAUGGUCAGAUUCUUGCCGAAUUUAAUCGUAUAUCUGGCAAAAACCUGCAAACCGAAUUCUUUCAAGAACUGGACCGAUUCACUCAACGUUUCAUCGAUAUGUUCAGGGCUAAAGGAGGAGACAUUGGCUCCAAACUUAAGAAGAUUCUGCACCAGAUUGACAAUGAUAAAUCCAACGUCAAUGCGAGACGAACAGCCGUUCUUCAUGGCCUACCACUCCUCCUCGGAGAAGACCCCACCGAUUUUUACAAGACAUGCUUUGACUGUGAUAGCAAUGAAGACAUGCUCGACACGGCAAUCGGUAUCAUGACAGUGAUUCCCGAGGACUCUCCAACUGUGCCCUACUCCUUGCAUCUUGAUGCCACAACCACGGCAAUCAUUUUGGAAGGUACAGUGGUUGUGGAUAACCUUGAAAAUGUUAUGUUUUUUCAUGGUUAACCAUUACUGAGUUGAGUUUGAAUAGAUCUAUGCCUUUUAAGAACUCAAAUUGUUCAGUGCUACUGUUUUACAGAUACUUGUUUUUCCAAAAAAAUGUUUUAGAAUAGUUUUAUUAGAAGAGAACUUUUAAAGAGAACUGUAUUAGAAAAUUUGUUCUAUACUAAACUCUAUACCUGUACUUAACAGACUGUUAAGUGUUUGCAAGAUUUGCUUUUGACCACUUUGUAAACAUGUAAAAGACAAAGAAACAUUGCACCUUUUAUUGUAAGUGCAGUAUGUGUUUUAUUUUUUUCUUUAUCUACAAUGUUGUCAGUGGGCCAUGUUGAAGAGCAUGCCUUAAGUAAUGUCUUUCAUAUUGUUUUAAAGACCAAAUAAACAUUCAAGUGUUGUGCGAAA